AUGAUGGACAUGGAGAUGACAAGCAGCUCAGUGCCUGUCUGCAGACAAGGUCUGUUCAUCCACACAGGAAACUCCCUGAUGCGAGACCACCCGCUGUCCUGUGAGAGGCUGCUUCACGUUGGCCAGCUGAACUUGACACACUCUGAUCUGAGGUCACCCAGGUUUCAAGAUGCGGUAGAUUCUGCUGCUCCAUGCCUGAAUGGAAGUCACCCGGCUCAGCACAUUAAACAAGAAUGCCCGAGUGAUUAUAAGGUUCUGUCUGAGGCUUCCACACAUAGGAGGAUUACGGAGGGGAUGGAGCUGAGAGCCUCCGGUAGUCUGCAUCCUGAAAUAGACCUAAUGAAUAAUAGCUUUACAAAUUCACUUUCAUCCUACUUGUUUAAUAAUGAACAUAGCUCUUCCCUGGGUCCUUUGUCACUUGGCACCCCUCAGCACUCAGCCAGGCUACAAACCAGCAACCUGAAGAAGAGAUGCAUCUCUGUUGUGCCGCCUUCAGCUGACGGAAUUGAUAUUACAGCUAUCAUCCGCACAUCACAGACGUCACUGGUCACCUGUGUGAAUGGACUGCGGACUAAUUCAACUGGCAUUUCCUCUCAUCCUGUGGAGAUCAGUCAUCACAGUGCUCAAAAAUCCUCUCGGCCCCAGUCUUGCUCUCAGCCUGGAAACCCUUGCAGUAUUCCGUCCCCUCCAGCAUGUCUUGUGCCUAUUUCCGCUGAAUGUGACAGAGGUGACUGUGAGCAGAUACAAAUGCAGCAAGUGGAAGAGAAUGGAAGCCUCAGCCUUAUGAUGAAUGGCACAAGCAUUCCUCAUCAGAACACCUCACACAGCACCCAGAAGGUGAGUUUCUUAAAACAAGAACCAGCUGACGAUUACUCCUCCACUGCUGAUCUUUUUCGACAUCAUCAGGGGCUGCCUCCCCCUUACCACCUACACCAGCAGCUAAGCCAAACUCAAGGGGAACUGCCUCACUUACAUGCCUCUAUGUCUCCGAAGUCCCUGCAGCCCAGCGACGGGGAUGAACAGGACCUCAGCAAUGGCAAACAGGUCUGUCGGUGGAUCGACUGCAGUGCCACUUACGACCAACAAGACGAACUGGUCAGGCACAUAGAAAAGACUCACAUUGACCAGCGGAAAGGAGAGGACUUCACUUGCUUUUGGGCAGGCUGUGUCCGCCGAUAUAAACCCUUCAAUGCUCGUUACAAGCUGCUGAUUCACAUGAGGGUUCAUUCUGGAGAAAAACCGAACAAGUGCAUGUUUGAAGGGUGCAACAAGGCAUUUUCUAGGCUCGAGAACCUUAAGAUUCACCUCCGGAGUCAUACUGGGGAGAAGCCAUACCUGUGUCAGCAUCCUGGCUGCCAGAAAGCUUUCAGCAACUCCAGCGACCGGGCGAAGCAUCAGCGAACACACCUGGAUACCAAACCUUAUGCCUGUCAGAUUCCUGGCUGCUCCAAACGCUACACUGACCCCAGCUCUCUGCGCAAACACGUGAAAGCCCACUCAGCCAAAGAACAACAGGUGCGUAAGAAGCUAAAUUCAUGUCCUGAUAUCGAACAAGAUGUACUAAGUGAAUGCUUAGCCAUACAGCAGCUCCACACAUCUUCACAGCACAUUUUGGAUGGGAAGUGUGGUAGAUCUGUAGGCCAUCAUGAUUUAAUUACAGGCAUGUACAGUGGCUCCAGCGCUAACCGUAACGGUCCCUCACCGGGUAUAUUGCCGCCGCCUCAUGACGUCCCUUCAAGACACCAUCCACUCGACUCCACGCUUUCCAGUCCACAUCAGCACCAGUCGCCCUUGGAGAGUGCCAGGGAAGGGCUCGCUCCCAACGUAAUCUCUCCGCUUGUCAGCCCCCUGAAAGCAUUAGUUCCACCUUCCCUGCUGCAGAAACACGGCUCUCCAUCAUCCCACAGCCAGUCACCAAAUGGGCAGCAGUUUUCUGGAAUACCAAAUAAACCAUACGCUCCCUUCCAAAACCAGCCUGCACCGCAGGGAUCUCAAGGUUACCAAGGCAGCUUUCACUCCAUACAAAACUGUUUCCACUACGGAGACUGCUACAGAACAAUGGACCAGUCUGUCACCAGCGAUGUGCUAACAGGGGAAUCCCACUGCUUUAAUCCUCUGAGACAGAACGGCUACCACAUACUCAAUGCGCCUUUGGCUUCUACAGGCUACGAUGCCAUCUCCGACGCACAGUGUGUAUCUGAAGACAUGGUCUCCAACGGAACUGACGACAACGGAUUCUUCCAGAACGGCGCCUUUGACCACUGCUUGAAUCACAUUCCUUCCAUCUAUACAGACACCUAAGAGCAGGGAUGACCCGGUUUCCUGAUUAUACCUAUAACUGUGUAUGUAAUAACAAGGUGUUGUUCAAGUACUUUUAUUUAGUCUGUAUCCCUAUAUGUGCUCAUUUAAAUAAACACCUCACAUUUACCAAACCAUUUUAUACAUGAAUAGUCUGUAUAAGAUAAUAUUGGAACCUGUUCCUUUGCUGUGGCACUUUGAAAUUCAUGCU